AUGUACGGCGAAGCCACUGGACGCCAAGAAAGAUCUGUGCCCCGAGACGGAGGAGAACAGACAGCCAGGCAGCGGGCCGCCCUCGCUAGCGCCGCAGCGUCCCCUCCCGCGCCGUUGCCAAACGACGACGACGACGACGACGAGCUUGUUUGCCCCGUGGUGUGGCUUCUUGGGGGUGGCAGUGCGAGGAUCUUCUCUUGGCGAGGCGGAUGGGGGGGGGGGGGGGCAUGUUUCGGCGCCGGACCUCGACGGCCACCGGCUCCUCUCCCGAUGGAGAUUUCGGCUCCGGUGGACGGCGGGGGCUUCUUCCUACGUCAAAGAGAUCGCCAUGUUACUAUUGCUACAGAUACUAUGGCCUAUGUUCGACGGGUCCUCGCCAGAUAA